UUGGUGAGUGGCAACCACAGCCACACCAACGAUUUGCUAUAAAAAACAUAAAAAUUCACGUGUAACAAGCUAAAUUGAAUGAAAAUACUCAAUUUUUAAAUUUGUAACAAUGACUGAAGUUAUAACCAGAGCCGAAGUGAAGAAAAACCGCCACAGGAACAAGCCGUGGCUGAUAAUACAUGACGAUGUGUACGAUGUAACUAAAUUUUUAGAAGAGCACCCUGGAGGUGAGGACACCCUUCUAGACGCUGCGGGCUCAGAUGCCACUCAAGCUUUUGAAGAUGUAGGCCACAGUGAAGAUGCAAGAGAGUUGCUGAAGCAGUAUAAAAUUGGAACCCUGCCAGAUGACGAAAAAUCACCGAAACCUGUUCCUUGCAACUGGAAGUGGUACGCUCUCGCAGCACUCAUAAUCGGCGCUAUAGCUGUGGGCGCUGUGGUGUAUAAGAAGAACUCAUAAACCUCUAAAAGCUGUAACAGACGGGUAUUACCCGACGGACUUGGUUUGGUCAGCAUAUUUAUUUCUCCCUCCUACUUGUAGCUACUUCUUUAACAGACGUACGGCGGACCUUCCACUCGGUCGAACAGGCCUCGUACCGGAUCAAGACGGUCUGGUACGCCCGUCUGUUACAGCUAUAAGCUAGCACAACUGUCUAUAUCGCCACAGGUGGAGUCUUCUCUUUCUCACUGUUAGGUGAGCAUAUAGCCCUUUAAAGCGCAAAAAGUUUAGAGUUCAAGCCUCCAUGACGCUCGAUUGCCCUGAUGAUUAGUUGGGAAAAAACGCAAAAAGAGGCCAAAAGUUAAUUUAAUUCUAAGCUGCCUUGUGAAUUAAUUAACCCCUUACCGCAUACGAAACCAUAUAUGGCCGAUAUGAUAUUUAACUCUUUUGACAGCUAUUAAAGUUCAAAUUUCAACAAAUAUUUUUUAUUAUAUGCAGUAAGGGGUUAAUUUGGUUAAUCGCGAUAAAAUAAUAGCAUAGGAAGGACGUGAAGACCGGAUGACCGCUAUGACAUUUAACCUACCUUCAUUCCUUCAAGAUAACGUACUUAUCAACGUAUCUUAAGGGGUCCACUGAUUACCAGUCCGCCGGACGAUAUCGGCCUGUCAGUUAGAAGCAAAAUUUGACAGCUCCGAACAACUGACAGGCUGAUAUCGUCCGGCGAACUGGUAAUCUGUGGGCCCCUUUAAAAGCUGGCAACGCACUUCCAACCCCUCAGGUGUUGCGGGAGUCCAUGGGCGGCGCUAAUUGUUUACCACUAUAGACCGACCGUUUAAAUGAGUCCUCGCCUGCGCGGUACGGGGGCGACGGGGAAGGACGACUAAGGGUGGCGGGGAAGGUGCGGGCGCCGUACGCCUGCCGCCCGCACCUUCCUCGCCACCGCUAGUCGUCCCACAUAGGCGAAUUUGCUUGUUUGCGUAAACGUAUAGUGAAUUUAAAAUAUACAGAUUAACUAGUAAGAACAUUUAUAAUACAAAUAUCAUAUUUUUUCAAUCUACCCGUUGACCACGAGCGAUGGUACGAGUAAAGGGCUCGAAAAGUCGGGAUGUAUUUUAAAUUCAUUAUACGCGAUAUAAUCCGUUUUACAUUGUUAUAUUCCACCGAUAUUUUUCACAAAAUCAAUUCAUGAAGUUUUUUUUUUCUUAUGUAAUACCUAGUCGGUUACUAAGUUCUGUUACAAGCUUUCCAACUCAUGAAAUAUAAAAUAAAGCUUAAAAAAAAUUAGGCACAGUUUGAUAGCUUAUUUUGUAACGAUCAAAACAUGAUAUAAUAAUAUAAAAUUCAGUUGGAGAAUUCAUGGGAAUCCUUGGAAAGCUCCAGAUUACGUGAAGGCGUAAACACGCGGUCAAUUUAUGAAAAUUAUACUUUACAGAAGUGUGUCUAAUGCAAUCUUGCAACUUUACCAGAAAAUUCAAUUGCUUAUUUUAAUGAGACCUCUAAGUUACCGUAAAUUUUGUGAUGACUGUUUAUUUUUUUACUAGUUUAUACCCUAAGAUAUUCCCCUCCAAACAUUGUAUAUUUUUCAGUUUCGCACGAAAACGUAUAGAUUUAGACAAUUGUGCAGGAGGCAGGCUUGGAAAACUCUGUAGACUAUGUGUUUAAUCAAAGAAACCCACGUAAACUAUAUGUUAAAUUAAAGAUGAAUAAUCAAGCUAUCGAAUUGUGCAAAGCUGAUACAUUCUUAAUAUGAUUAGAAAUAAAUAGCAUGAAACGACACGAACAGGGAGCGUACUUUUGACGGUUUUUUUACGCCAUUUUUCCGAGUUCUAUAAGGAAUUCUGCAAAAACAGAACAACUAUGUUUAUUAGGUUGUAUUGUAAGCUUAUCAUUAAUAAAUAAGCUUUACAAUUGUAUACACGAAUAAUUAAAUAUCGCUACCUAUUUCCCUUUAUUCCGUGAAAACUCUGGUAACGGAUCUUAGUAACCAACUAGGUAUAUUCGUGGCAUGAAAAAGUGGUUGUGCUGGCUCUAAUAAACCAUUCCAGUCUCGUUUCGUCACAAUCAGUACACGAAAUGUACUGUUUAAGGCCAAGCCACACCGGAUGCGUGUGCGUAGACGUGCACGUGCACGUACGCGUCCCGCUGCGUUGUAUAAUACGAAAACUCAUACGAGAGGACACACCGCUUGCGUGACGUGCGCGUACGCGUGACUUGCACGCAACGCAGCUCCCGCGAGACAAACCGGCUCCGUGCUGCGUGCACGCGUCCACGCAGCGGAGCGGCAACGUCGCUUCGUUGCGUGCAGUGAUGACGUUGUGUUUAACUGCGUUCCCUAUGAGAGGGCGAACCGAGCAGGUUCAGACACGCACAGCUCGGUGCUGCAUAGGUGCUGUGCGUGUACACGCGCAGCUCGCUUGUAUUUAUUUACAACUCGGCCGGUGCGCGUGCUGGUUUUUAAUAUGGAUUCAGUGAAAAAAGAAAAACUAACUAAAAUCGUUCGACAAUACGAAUGUAUAUUUACAACAUAGCACAAAGAUUACAAAAAAUACGUCUUAUAAAAAUUUAAUUUGGCCUGUGGGAACAAAUCGAUGUUAGGUAUUAACGAUACUAUUGGAAAACAAGGUUGUUGUAUUGUGAACUAUUGUGCGUCGGUGAAUAAUAUUAUGUACUCUCAAUUAUCUCGAUUCAAGUAUGAGACAUUUUUUUCCUCUAAUUGCAAUGGCGGAAUUAGGUGAGCUGCUUCCAUUUGCAACCGGAGUUAUAAUAACAUGAUGUAGGUACUGUCGCAGGAGUAUUUUAUUUUACUGGCGUGCAUUGCGUGACGUGCGCGUCACCCGGUGUGACAGGGGUGCUGCGCACGUCACGCAGCGCACGCCACGCAGCGUGCUGCACACGCAGCCGGUGUGGCUCGGCCUUAAUGUUUUACGCGAUUAAGUAAAGAAAUAAUUAUGUAUGGACAGGCUAUACCUAUAAUACUUAUAUGUACAGUGCAAUAGGAUUUCAUUAUAUUUAAUAAUAUCGAACUACAUAAUUCAGGGUCCAGAAUUAACUUAUUUAUUUUAUUUAUAUUUAUUUAUUUAUUAUUUUACAAUUGUCAUAUUCUCAAUAUUUUUCUUAUACUUUUAAGAUGGAAGCAAAAUAAUUACUUAUGAAUAUAUAUAAGCGAUGAUCAAUAAAAAAUAUAUCUGUC